AAAAACAAAAAGAACAACCGUGGAUUGACGUAUCGAUGAUGACGUCAGAACACUCUUGCAUAGAAACCAUCUUUCUUGUUUGUGUUGUUAAAGAAAAAAAAGUCAAAAAUUUAUUAAAUAUUGGAGAAAUUAAACAAUUAAAUUCACCCCAUUUUAUUUAGAAGAUAUAAAAAAAGCAAUAGGUUGCUGGAAUUUAAGGUAGGUCCCUUACACAAGCUGAAAGACCAGCCAACAUGCGGGAAGUCAUUUCCAUUCAUCUCGGUCAGGCUGGCGUCCAAAUAGGUAAUGCAUGUUGGGAGUUGUACUGUCUGGAACACGGGAUCCAACCGGACGGCCAGAUGCCAUCCGACAAAACCAUCGGUGGUGGUGACGAUUCGUUCAACACAUUUUUUAGCGAGACGGGGUCGGGGAAGCACGUCCCUAGGGCAGCUUUCCUAGACCUGGAACCCACGGUGGUAGACGAGGUGAGGACAGGGACCUACAGACAACUCUUUCAUCCCGAGCAGCUGAUCUCAGGUAAAGAAGAUGCAGCCAACAACUACGCGAGAGGGCACUACACGAUCGGGAAGGAAGUUGUGGAUUUGGUACUGGACAGGACACGGAAACUGGCCGACUUGUGCACGGGCUUACAGGGGUUCUUCGUCUUCCACAGCUUUGGUGGGGGCACGGGCUCGGGGUUCACCUCCCUCCUCAUGGAGAGGCUGUCUGUCGACUACGGGAAAAAAUCGAAAAUUGAAUUCUCCAUUUAUCCCGCGCCACAGAUCUCGACGGCCAUUGUGGAGCCGUACAACUCCAUCCUAGUGACGCACACCACUCUAGAACAUUCCGACUGCUCGUUUCUUGUCGACAAUGAAGCCGUGUACGAUGUUUGCAGACGAAAUUUGGACAUUGAACGACCGACAUACACAAAUUUAAACCGUCUUGUUGCGCAAGUUGUAUCGUCCAUCACAGCGUCUUUGAGGUUUGACGGAGCUUUGAAUGUGGACCUUCUGGAAUUUCAGACCAACCUUGUCCCCUACCCUCGCAUCCAUUUCCCCCUAGUCAUCAACUCCCCCAUCAUAUCAGCAGAGAAGGCGUACCACGAGCAGUUGAGCGUGGCUGAGAUCACCAACGGCUGCUUUGAGCCCGGGAACCAGCUGGUCAAGUGCGACCCCCGCCACGGCAAGUACAUGUCCUGUAUCCUGCUCUACCGAGGGGACGUCGUGCCCAAAGACGUCAACGCCGCCAUCGCCACCAUCAAAACCAAAAGAACCAUCCAGUUUGUCGACUGGUGCCCGACAGGUUUUAAGGUGGGCAUCAACUACCAGCCGCCCACGGUGGUACCCGGGGGUGACUUGGCCAAGGUGCAGAGGGCCGUGUGUAUGCUGAGUAACACGACGGCAAUAUCGGAGGCUUGGGCUCGGCUAGAUCACAAGUUUGACCUGCUCUACGCUAAACGUGCAUUCGUCCACUGGUAUGUUGGUGAAGGUAUGGAAGAGGGUGAGUUCUCCGAGGCACGUGAAGACCUGGCUGCCCUGGAAAAAGAUUAUGAAGAAGUUGGAUUGGAUUCGGUGGCGGAAGAAGGCGAGGGUGAAGGCGAAGAGUACUAAAAAAGUUCCAGCAGAGAAGAUGAGGCGACCAUUUGUUUACCCCACCCAAGCCACAGAGGAGAAUUGUUGACUGACUUUGUGACAUCUUUGGUGUUGUUGUUCUUGUGUGACGGACAGUUUUUGACUGCUAGAACUGGUCUUUCAUAAUUCAUGAAUUUCCGGGAUAUUGUGACGACAUGACGGAUGGUUACACAAGGAAUAUCAUUUUCAACAAUUAGCUUUUAAUUAUAUUUAUAUACUGCAUACAUGGACGUUUUAUAGACGACGAUAUACACCUUAUAUUUGUGUACGCAUAUAAUUGUUCGUACACAGAAGCAGAGAUACAUACAGACUUGAUAUAACUUUGAGUAUUGUGUUUAUAUAGAUGUUUAGAUCGAACUUUUAAUUUGUAGAACUUUGAAUUCUUUGAAAGAAAACCACUGUACGAUAGAGAUGUGUUUAGACCGGCCGAGAUCCUGGUGUGGAUGGUUUGGUCUGGUCCAUGGUGGCAAUACAACGUCUUUAUUCAA